UUCACAGUUUGCAUUAUGUAGAUUAGCCACUCAUUGUAAUCCACUGUGUCAUUUUAAUCCUACUUUAAGUGACGUUUUCAGUAACUCCUCCCCUCCUGGUCCUCUCUCCUCCUGUUGUCUUUGCCACUCUCUGUAGCUCUCUCAUCCCGUCUGCUUAAGUGUUAGUGAAGCUGCUGUGAGACGCUGCAACCAUGGCUGCUACUGGAUCUUUCCGUAUGGUAUCAGAUGAGGAGCAGGCCAUGAGGUCCAAGCUGGAGCAUUUGACAGUGAAGGAUCAUGGGCCGGUGUUUGGGCCUUGCCACAAACUGCCAGGCCACACUGUGCAGAAGGCGAAGGAUGAGCUGAACGAGACGGAUGAGAGGCGAGCGUCGUCGCUGAAGGACCUGCGGGCCAUGAUGAAGGAGAGGGCAGCUGAGGGAGACGACCUCGCCAAACUCGUGCUGGAGCGCUUCGGGGACAAACCAGACUCUCUAAUGCUGCGUUUCCUCAGAGCCCGCAAGUUUGAUGUUGUCAGAGCCCACGAGCUCAUGAAGGGUUAUGUGCGCUUCAGGAAGGAGUAUCCUGAGCUGUUUGAGAACCUGACCCCUGAGGCGGUCCGCAGCACCAUUGAGGCGGGCUAUCCCGUGGUUCUGCCCAGCAGGGACAAGUAUGGCCGCGUGGUUCUGCUCUUCAACAUCGAGAACUGGGACCUGGAGGAGAUCACCUUUGACGAGAUCUUAAGAGCGUACUGUGUGAUCCUGGAGAAGUUGCUUGAGAAUGAAGAGACCCAGAUUAAUGGCUUUGUCCUCAUUGAGAACUUCAAGGGCUUCACCAUGCAGCACGCCUCAGGCAUUAAGCCGGCUGAGCUCAAGAAGAUGGUGGACAUGCUGCAGGACUCCUUCCCUGCACGUUUCAAGGCGGUCCACGUUACUCACCAGCCCUGGUACUUCACCACUACAUACAAUGUGGUCAAGCCCUUCAUGAAGAGCAAGCUACUGGAGAGGGUCUUCGUUCACGGUGACGAGCUGGACAACUACAUCAAGGAGUUCGAUGCGGACAUCCUGCCGGCAGACUUUGAUGGGAAGGCAUCUGUAGCUGACUGCCAGGCCAUUGCCACCAAGCUUUUUGGCUCUGAAGACACUGCUCUCUGAAAGAAAGAGUCCUCUAAAAACCAAGAGCUAUAGUGUCCUUCGCCCUAGAUGCUUCUUUUGUGAUCAGAUCAGAUAUGUGGUCUAUUUUGAAGCUAGGUUGACAUUUUUAUUAUAUUCAGGCAGUUCCUAUGAGCAAAAAGAAGUAUCUAGAGUUAGGAGCAGAGGAUGGUUUGCAAAUGAGUAAUAUAUGGUGAUAUAAAUGGGAAAGAAAAUGGAUGUUUAGACAUUACAGAAAGAAUGAUUGAUGGUUUACGUUGGGGAUUUUACAGCACUGAUAUUCCUUGUUACAGUACGAGUUGGUAAUGUGAUGUUGUAGCUCACAACCAGAAUAAGGUCUGAGUUUGGUUUGGUGUCAUUUGCCUUAAAAAAAUGAAUUUCACAACAUGCAGAGCAGCCUUGUACCUACAAUCCCGUCAGAUGAAUGAGUACAGAAACCGCAGUAGUUCAGAUCCUGUAUAUUACAGUGUCGAGGGUGAAGUUUAGAAUGAUAUGAAGAGGGAAAAUUGAUCACGGAUAAGCCUGCAUUAUAUUAAUGUUUUAGGAGCAGGGGCCUCCUAAUGCAGUGCCAUCAAAAUACGUCUUGCUUCUCAAAAGCCUUGUGUCAAGUCCUUCAAGUAUUAAGAGAGAUGUGACACUCGAUGUGAUGCCUGAUGUACCACAAAGGUCCGUUUUGCAAUUUGCAUUGG